AUGGCCCGCAUUGCGCCGCUCGUGCUGGUGGCGCUGCUCUCCGUGCUGUCCGUGCCCUCGUCGGCGUGCCCCAGCUGCCCGACCCCGACGACGCCUCCCCCGCCGCCGCCGCCGAAGGUGAAGCCCCCGCCCCCGCCGUCGUCGGUGCCGUGCCCUCCGCCGCCGUACUCCCCCGCGCCGACGCCCCCGACGCCGGCGACGCCUAGCCCUCCGGCGCCGUCGUCGCCGACGGGCAAGUGCCCCGUGGACGUGCUGAAGCUGGUGGCGUGCGUGGACGCGCUCAACGGGCUGGUGCACGCGGUGGUGGGCGCCAACGCCAGCGAGACCUGCUGCCCGCUGCUGUCCGGCGUGGCCGACCUCGACGCCGCGCUCUGCCUCUGCACCACCAUCAAGGCCAAGGCGCUGAACGUCAAGCUCGUGCUCCCCGUCGCCAUCUCGGUGCUCGUCAACCAGUGCGGCAAGCACGUGCCGUCCUCGUUCCAGUGCCCUUCAUGA